UACAUACACGCCCAUCUUCAUGAAUUGAAACAACCUCAAGCAAAAGGUAAUGAAACAAUCAAGAACGUCUAGCUCAGAUUUAAUUUCUAUUUAAAAAAAAAACAACGAACCAUGUCCGGCUAUUCAGAAACCAUUGAUAUGGACGCACUGCAAAAUGCAGCAAAAGCACUUCUAAUCAUCUUCAUUAUUUUAAUAACAAUUUCAAACGGUGCUCUUGUUAUCAAAAUCAUGAGACAAAAACAAUUUUUUUAUAGCCCCAAAUAUCUUGUUCUGAUAUCUCUGGCUGUUGGGGACAUUUUUCUGGCGCUGUUCGCCUUGGUUAUACAGGCCAUGAUGUUCUUUCAGUUACACGAGGAUGGAUUUGAUGGAUGUCGGCUAGGUUUUUACUCUAACGUAUACGAAAAUUAUAUUUUAAAUUUUGUGUACGGAACUGGUCUCAUUGUGCUUUCAGCUGAAUUUGUUUACCGUCGAAGGUCAAACAGACCAAGAACAACAACUCAUUUCGAUUUGAUUCGCAGUUUCCUGAUCAGUAGCUUCCCUUGGUUACUGAGCUUGUUGAUUAUCCUACCCUUGUCAAUGUCUGGCGUAGAUCUGGAGUCGUGUAGACUAAACUUCACACUCGACAGAAAAAAUGCACAGAUUGUUGUCUCAACGGUACUCCCUGCUUGUCUGGCGGUGAUCGCAGCUGUUGUUAUCGCCUGCUUCAAGAUGGAUCGUGGUUACGUCCAGCACUUAGAGAUGACGCCAGGUGACCAAACAUUAGCCAGUGGUCAAUGUGUUGAUAACUUUGGUGCCCAACAUAGAGAACCCGAUGCAAACGCACCAGCAAAUAAUGCUAAUCCAGCUUAUCAUCCAUCUUAUUUACCACCAUAUUCUCCAGGACAAAAUCAACCUCAAGCCCCGCCAAUGGGCCACUUCGCUCAACAAAUUUACAUCAACAAUAGUUCGAACACGGCAGUUGUGGUAAACGACAACAUCCCAACGAUGCCAUCGGCCAACGCCAUCUACCCAGAACAAAACAAGAUUCUCUUUCUGGCACUCAUCUUCUGGUUCCUAGUAACGCCGUUGGCCUUUUAUUACCUGGUGGUAAUAAAUGCCGAGAUUAGGUCAUCAGCGGUGAUGAGUAUAGCGUUUAACCAGGGCUUGAUGUGGCUCAUGCUUCUGAGGCCUGUCGUCACUGCGAUAGUCACCUCACAAACAGAUUAUAUAACACAGCUUUAAUUGACCUUGACAAACAGCUUACACAGCUCAAUUUUAACUGUCUUUUAGAAGAAUAGUACAGAAUAACGGCUAUAUUAAUCCUUCACAAACAGUGUACAUAAUACAUCUUUAACUGUCCUACAAACACAACUAUAGCCUACCUAACAGUGUUUUAGCAUGGUUUAUCUUUAGUUGUAGAAAUUUAAUGCUUGAAAACUAAUAUGACACAAACUUGUUGUCUACAUAUACAUGCAUACAUACGUACA